GGACAAGUCUCGUGGUGGUGGUGCGGCGGCGGCGGUGUCAACUAGGAAGAAGCGGUCUCGUGGGGGCUAUGAGAGCCUGAGUGAAGGGGAACCCAGCUCGGAGAGUGAGGAAGAGGAGGAGGAGGAGCAGCAAGCGGAGGAGGAAGAGGAAGACAAGCAGCAGCAGCAGCGGGGCGGGGCUCGUCAACAGCAGCCGCAACGGCAACGGCAGCAACAGCAGCCCGCAGCAGCACAACCCAAAUCACAUCCGCAGCCUCAGCAGCAGCAGCAGCACCAGCCUCCCCGGCAGCGGCGGCGUGUGAGCGAUGCGGAGGAUGUGUACGACAUACCUCAUGACGAGGAAGAGGGAGGGGCAGCAGGGGGCGGAGGAGGAAGGGCGGGGAGCGGCAGGAAACCGCUGCAGCAGCGGCAGCAGCAGCAACAGCCGCAGGCACAGCAGCGAGGUGAUCAGAAGCUGCCUCGGGACCAGCAGAGGGAGGCCGCCAAGGGGGUCGGUGGUACGACUGGGGCUGCUGGCGGCGGAGGCAGGAAAGCGGCGGCUGCGAGACAGCAGCAGCAGCCGCAGCGACUGCCACCGCCGCCACCGCAAGCGUCACCUCCGGAAGAGGACGACGCGGACGGCGCGGGUGCGGAUGGUGGUGUGUACGGCAACGGUGGCGGCGGCGGCGGUGUUAGCCUUAACAGGGGACUUCGAUCUGCGAGGGAUGGCGGGUACGGGUUCGAUAAUGAUGAUGAUGAUGGGGAAGAGGAAAGGGAGGAGGAGGAGCCGCGAGCAGGUGGAGGGCGGGCGGGGGCCGGGAGGGCGCCGUCGGCAGCAGCAGCGGCAGUGGGGAACCAGCCAGCUCGAAGGGGUGCAGCGGCUAAUGGACGAGCAGCAGCAGCAGCAGUAGCGGCGGCGCCCAAGGGGCCCAAGCAACGGCAGCAACAGCCGCAUCGGCGGCAGCAGCAGGUGCAGCAGCAAGAGUACGACUUCGGGGACGAUGAGGAGGAAUAGGGCGAGGGUAGUGCAGGGGGAGUGAGUGUGGGGCACGGGGAGUAGGACGGCGAGAGGUUUGAAGCUGCCGUUGGAAGAAUUCAGACAUGUGCAUGCUGGUUGCGUUUGGUUGGUUGGAUGUACUCUUGUACGAAUAUCGUGUACGGGUUGUUACGGAAGAAGAACGGGACCGCCGCUGCAACAGGGCGGGGUUGACUACAAUGGAGAAUAGUCUUGACAUGACAUUAGAGCAGCGCCGCGGCAACAGCGGUACUGGGGGAGCUGGGUCUGUGCUUAUACAUACAGUUGCUUACACUAUAACAUACACUUGUGCUGUCCGCGGGUACAUGGACGGGCUGGGGUUGGGCAUCGGCAGCCAGGGCAGCGCACAGAUACCGGUACUGAUAACGGUUAACGGUAGCUGUGGAGCAUCCAGGUACGACAUGGC